AUGCACGUACCCAACUUUAACAGCGAGAGCGAGAGCAGCUCUCAUCUUGGGCUUGGAUUGACGCCGUACGGCGUCUCGGACAGAACGUCGUCGUCAUUGACGGUGACGAGCUUGAGGGAGCGGAACCGCCGUUUGCUCCUGCUCAGGAUCUGCGGCGACUCCACCGGAAGCAAAUCCAUGGCGAUAGCUUGCGAAAUGUUUCGAGACAAUGGGGUCGAGGGCUCGAAGGACUGGGUCAUAAGCGAGCAGGCGCCGCACAUUGAUGCACGUUCUCACGUGUUGAAGGGACUCCACAGGUUCUUCAAUCGUGAGAUCAUAAACUUGAAGGAGACAGCCGCCACAGCCAUUUCUUUGGUAGGGGGGUAUGAGAAACAAAGCACUUUACCUGACCUAGGCGCAGGCGAAUCCCGUCAGGAUACCUGUGAAAACGAUAAACAGCUGCAAAAGCAAGCAGCCUUGUGCAACUAUCAUGAUGGUCUUUUCGGAUAA